AUGCUAAGUCGUGCUAAUUCUACUGCGAUUGAAAGUAUCGAUAGUAAAUCUCUAAUUAAAACUCAAGAAAUACUCAAACGCGGUGAUGCUGGCGGUGUUUAUGUACCAAAAAGAAUCGGCAAUAAAGAUCCGAAUUUGCAUUAUGGAAUCGUGAUUGAUUGUGGAAGUAGCGGCUCGAGACUUUAUAUCUACGUUUGGCCAGAGCAUUCGGGACGAGAAAAUGAAUUGUUACAGAUAAAACAGCUACUCGACAGUCAUGGUAGACCAGUUGUGAAGAAACUCGAGCCAGGUCUUUCAUCCAUGGCCGAUACACCAGAGAAUGCGACCGAAUACCUCAAACCAUUAGUCGAUUUUGCUGCAACAACUGUGCCGCCAGAUAAACAUCGCGACACUCCAUUGUAUAUCCUUGCUACAGCUGGUCUUCGGUUUUUAAACAAAGAACGGCAACAAAAGUUACUUGAAGAUCUCUUCAAUGAUAUUGUUCGAGAUUAUCAUUUUCAACUCGAAAAAACUCAUAUUCAAGUUAUUCCAGGUAAAUUAGAAGGAAUCUACAGUUGGAUAGCUAUCAAUUAUGUUCUCGGACGCUUUCAAAAUAAUAAUACCGCUGAAUCAAUAUCAGUCAGCGACGGAAAAUCGAUAUCUGUUUCGACAAAACGACCGUCCACUGUCGGUAUUCUUGAUAUGGGUGGUGCAUCAGCACAAAUAGCUUUCGAAGUCUCCCCUGAUAUACCGAUGGAAGGUGAAGAAGUAGCGGAAUUUUCUUUAGGUUACGAUGAACAUCAAGAAAUGUUUAAAUAUAAAAUCUAUGUCACCACGUAUCUCGGUUACGGAGCUAAUAAAGCGUUUGAUAAGUACAUCGAUCGUAUUAUAUCCUUGUCCCUCAAAUCUUCAGCAUCAACAUCAUCACACAUUCUAAUCGAUAAUGCUGAUUGUCUACCUCGAGGUUACUCAGCGAACUACACACGCGAUAAUAAAACGAUAACAAUGAUUGGUGAAGGAGAUUUCACUAGUUGUGCGAAACAUUUAGUCACAUUAUUGAAUUUAAACGCAACAUGCAAACGAAAGCCAUGUUCAUUGAAUGGAAUCUAUCAGCCGACUAUCAAUUAUGAUUCACAAGAUUUCUAUGGGUUUUCGGAGUUUUGGUACACGAUGGAAGAUAUUCUGAAGAUGGGUGGUCCAUACGGUCGACUGUCAUUUUUGAAUGCAUCAAUCAAUUAUUGUAAUUCCAACUGGAGUGAUAUUCGACAAUGGUAUAACAAUAAACAAUUUCCUAAAGCUGAUCUGAAUCGUUUAUUAUUACAAUGCUUUAAAUCUGCUUGGUUGUAUGCAUUUCUUCAUGAUGGUCUCAGAUUUCCGGUAAACUACCAACGUUUACGUUCAGCUUCAUUGGUAAAUAACAACGACGUUCAAUGGACAUUAGGAGCAAUUCUUUAUAAAACGCGUUUUCUUCCAUUGAGAGCAAUCAAUCAAGUUAAACGAACAAUACAUUAUCGACAAUCACAUACAGAUUCGACUGCUAUGAUCAUCUUGAUGUGUGUCAUGUUAUUCUUAUGUAUAAUGAUUUUCUAUCGGCAAAUGAUCCGUGCCAAGAUUAGAUCUGUUCUCUUCCGACGAACUGGUCUUCAUUCGUCAUCAUCAAGUAGUAAUUUCAAUCAACGUUAUUCACUACUGACAUCAAUUGUUAUCGAUGACUCGUCGUAUAACAACGGAAAAACAUCAGCGUCGUCAUAUAAUGGACGUCUGAGAGGCAUUUGA